AUGUUGAAUUCGAGCGGCAGUACUGUCCAAGGCACUAUCCGUGCAAAAUUUCCGUUCAACGACGAUGAAGCGGCUGAUGCGCUGGCCAAGGCAAUCAGUUCGGACAGAGGCAAACCAAUCAGAACACCGUACACAGCAAAGUAUAAGAAGGAUUUAGUGAAGGACUUGGAAAAGGCACUAUCCGGCGAUUAUGAGGAGGUCGUUUUGGCUCUCAUGGAAACACCCACCAAAUAUGAUGCGAUUCAACUCAACAAGGCGAUCAAGGUUACCGUCACUUCUUUUAUUGCGUUAAUUUUACUUUCGGAAAAAGCCGGGUGGAUCCUUGUCUUACAAUGCUUUUGA